GCGCACACAGGGCCGUUGCUCUGACUGGCUGUGUGUCUCGCGCUUUUGCUAAAUGGCGUUGCAGGCGGUUGGGUUGAACCUGAGGAGCUGGUGGGGCGAUGUGCAGCGACUUUCGCCGGGCGGAAUCCGGGACGGAGGUGACAUUCUUGAAUUUCAUGGUCCAGAAGGAACGGGGAAAACAGAAAUGCUCUAUCAUUUAACAGCCCGAUGUAUACUUCCAAAAUCAGAGGGUGGACUGCAAAUAGAAGUCUUAUUUAUUGACACAGAUUACCACUUUGACAUGCUCCGGCUUGUGACAGUUCUUGAGCAUAGACUCUCGCAGAGCUCCGAGGAAACCAUAAAGCUCUGCCUUGGCAGGUUGUUCCUGGCCUACUGCAGCAGCAGCAUGCAGUUGCUGCUCACACUGCACUCCCUGGAAGCCCUGCUCUGCAGUCAGCCCUCGCUCUGCCUUCUCAUUGUGGAUAGCCUGUCGUCUUUUUACUGGGUAGACCGAGUCAGCGGAGGGGAGAGUGUGUCCCUGCAGGAGUCAACGCUGAAGAAGUGCUCUCAGCUCCUAGAGAGGCUCGCCACUGAGUACCGUCUGCUGCUUUUCGCAACAACACAGAGUCUAAUGCAGAAAAGCUCAGACUCAGCAGAAGGGCCUUCUUCCUCCAAGCACCCGUGCGAUGGAGACAUGGACCACAGAGCCUAUCUCUGCAAGGCCUGGCAGAGGGUCGUGAAGCACAGAGUCAUCUUCUCCAGAGAGGACGAGGCCAAGAGCAGCCGGUUCUCAUUAGUUUCGCAUCAUUUAAAAAGUAACAGUUUAAAAAAACACAUUUUUAUGAUCAGAGAAAGUGGGGUGGAGUUUUGUUGAUCUUUAUCAUCAGAAAGGCUUUUAGGUGCACUAAUGCAGGUCUUUAAAGUCUUUUAUAAGCUAAAGUGGUUUGAUUCUAAAGUUUUUAAUUCUGGCAAAAUUAAUAUAAACAGUACAGAAAAACUGGAAGCUGUUCUGUCCCCUCCAGGGUGUGGAAGGUCAAUCAGAACAUACUGGGCUCCCCUGAGCUUGUUUUGAAGCUCAAUACAUGACACAUGUUUCAGACUAAGUCACUUUCUGAGUACUUUAGGAAGGCUUCACUGCUGGUCCCUUGGCUCCUUGAGGCUGUGGCUGGAGCAGAUGUACAGAGCUGUUAUUCCAAUCAAAGGAAGAAGCACAGGGCCACCUGCUCAUCUGCCUCCCUCAAGAAACGAAUGAGCUGGGUGUGGAGGCAGGUGGAUCUCUGUGAGUUCAAAGCUUGCCUGGUCUAUAUAGUGAAUUCCAGGAUAGCCAGAGCUACACAAUCCUGUCCCAAAAAGCCAGUCAAUAAACUGAUUGAUAGAUAGAUAGACAGACAGACAGAAAGGAAUGUUCGUGUCUUCUUUCCCCGUUUUCCUUUCCUCUCUACCUGCUUCCCUUUCGCCAAGGAUGUCAUAUAGUUUAAGCUAGACUUCGUUGCAUUUCUGUCUCUGAGGUAGCCAGGUAAUCAGUGUUGCUCCUUAUAGCCAGCAGAUUUUGAUGAGUUAUACUUGAAUUCAAGAUGAGUUUACAUUAUUUGGGGGUUCUGUGUACUUUUUCAAAUACAGGGAAAUGAUGUACUCAUUUUAGAAUUUUGAAGUUUAUUUUGAAAUGUUCUUCUCAUUAAUUGAUAGAUUCUGAAACUGUUUAAGUUUUAUAUUACUAGUGUUUUCUUAUUUAGAAUAGCUAUAGAUACCUUGGAACAGGCUGUCACUUCCAGCUGUGAGCUGAGGGGAACUGGGUGCUGUGUGUCCAUAAAACCCAGAAAGAGUUUGCACUGCUCAGGAGGUGUCCUAGUUAAGAUUACUAUUGCGGUGAUAAAACACUGUGACCAAAAGAAUGUUGGAGGGGAAAGGGUUUAUUGGUUUAUACUUCUAUAAUGUAGUCCAUAUUUGAAGAAAGUCAGAACAGGAACUUAGGAAGGGCAGGAACUUUGAGGCAGGAGCCAAUGCAAAGCAUGGAGGAGUGUUGGUUGCUUCCUAGUUUGCUCAAUCUGAUUAUUUAUAGAACCCAGAACCAUUAGCCUGGGGUGGCCCCACCCAGAUUGGGCUGGGUCCUCCCCAUUAAUCACAAUGCCUUGCAGGCUUCCCUACAGCCUGAUUUUAUGGACAUAUUUUCUAAACUGAAGCUCCCUCCUCUCUGGUGACUCUAGCUUGUGUCAAGUUGACAUAAAACUAUCCAGCACAGAGUAUGCAUAGGAAGAAGGCUUUAGAAAAUCUCUUUUCCUGUUCAGACCCAGGGAAAGUUCCACAUGUGAUAUUCAGACUAACUGCUGUUCUCAAACCUCUUAAUGCCUAUGUCACAAAAUACCGUGUUUCCCUUUGUCGCUGUGGCUUUGUUCAUUCAUACUACCAGAGGUCUGUGAGUUAAAAAGCAUCCUGUAGAGAAGCUGUGACUAAGUUUCUUCAUUAUGAAGGCACAGCUAUCUAACUUCCUGUCUGUGCCCUGCCUGCAUCCCUGGGCCUGCUUGCACUCACCCCAGGCUUCUGAGGCUGUCUUCUGUGUCUAGAGCCUGCUGGGCUGCCUGUGAGCCAGGCUAGACAGUAGAGUAGGUAGGAGCUGACUUCCUGGCUUUCUUGGCUACUGCAAGGUGGAUGGACAGCCAGUUAACUCGGUAAAGCUUCCUGAGUAUAUCAAGUUCCUCAGUUGCCUCUUCUCAUAGGGCUAUUGUCCUCAUCAGUGAGACAGCUUUUCUCCAAACCCAGGUCUCACUGUGUGGCUCAGCUGCUCUCCUGAUUGCUGGUAUUAAAGAUGUAUUCCGGUCUGCCUGGCUCAUUAAUAUGAUUUUAAAAAUAGUUUGAAGCUAAAAUGCGAUGACAUAAUUUUCAUAUUUUCUUUCCUACCCCCUCUCCCUACCAUGUACACCACUCACCUUACUCUUUCAAAUUCACUCAUGUUUCUGGCCUUUUUUUUUCUAAUUGUAUAUAAACAUACAGAUAAUUUAAUUGUAGAUAAAUACACAAAUAUAUUCCUAAACACACAGCCUUCUAAACACACAGCCUUCUAAACACACAGCCUUCUAAACACACAGCCUUCUCAGUCCUUGUAAUGUUACUUGUAUGUAUGUUCUUAGGGCUCACUACUAACCAGUUGGAAUGCUCAUCCCUGGGGAAGACUGUGUCCCCUGCUCCCAGCGUUCCUUGGUUGCCCAGAUUUUUGUCUAGGGCUGGGGUCUGAGAUCUCCCCUUCUGUUAGCAUGUCUACUGGUGCUGUCAGUAUUCAGGUCAUGUUUAGGUAGCCAUGUUGUUGAGCUCCCUCCUGACGUGUCUAGGACACAGUCUUACAGCAGACACCCCAUUCUCUAGCUCUUACAGUCUUUUACCCUUUCUUCUGAGAUGCCCCCUGAGCCUUGGUCCAGGAUGUUGUCGGUGGAUGAUGGGCAGGGCAUCACAUGUCCACUCCUUCUCUUCAUCUUGGUCCCUGUGGUUUUCUGUAAUGGUUCCUGUUUCAAAGAGAUGUUUCUUUGUUGAGGGAGAAGAGCUGUAUUUAUCUUUGUAUAUUUACAAUGCAUACAGGACUUAUGCUGCUUUAAUAAAGUGGUUUAUUAAUACAAUUUU